AUGGAAUACCUUCAUGUUGAAUCAGCACCAUCCAGUAAAAGUGAACUAAAUAUUUUCAGUAUACCUACAACUCAAGUUGCUAUUGAAUCUAGAUAUGAGGUGGAAUACAGACCAUCUGCAAGUUUACAAAGUAGUCAAGUCCAUGAUAUUAUUGUACCACCAUCAGAAGAUUUAACUGAUUUAUCAGCAACCAUGUUACACUUAAAAGUAAUUGUAACAGAUGAUACAGGAGAGGCAACUAAACAUUCACUGCAAGCUGAAAUGGCUAAAAAUUUUGGUAAUGCUCUUUUCGAGCAAAUAGAUUUAUUUCUAAAUGGUGUAAAUUUGUCACAAGCUUCAAACAUGUACCAUUAUCAAGCAUUCCUUGAAGAAAUACUUUUCAGAUUUCCAAGUCAAAUUGAUCAAGGAAAUUACAGCAAGAAAGAAGGAAGUUUUGUAGUUCCGAAUCGCGUCUAUGACUUGUACUUUAGAUUACAUCUUCCAAUUUGUCAACAAGAUCGACUUCUGAUUAAUGGGGUACCAAUGGUUUUCAAAUUCACUCGAAGCACACCUACUUUCCCUGUUUGGGCCUCUACAGUUGCAGACACUAAUACAUACAAAGCGAAAAUAGAAAGUUUAGCACUGCACAUCAAGAGAGUGAAAUUAUUUCCUGAUGCAAUGUCCAGUCUAUUGAAUACAUUGUCAAAGUCUAGUGCAAAAUAUUUUGUUAUAAGAAAUGAAAUGAAAAAUUUUACUCUAACUAAAGGAAUAAAUAUGACAACUAUUGAAAAUCUGUUCACAGGAAUUCUACCUAAAAGAAUCAUUUUAGGACUCGUCGAUGAAUCGAGUUUCGCAGGCGAUCGAAAGUCUAAUCCAUUUUUAUUUAAGAACUAUGGUGUUUCACACCUUGCAUUGAAUGUUGAUGGAAAUUGUAUUCCAACUAUACCCUACCAGCCAGAUUAUGAAAAUAAUAUUUACAUGCGUGAAUUUAUCAACUUGUACAGAUAUACAGGACAAGAUGAAGGUAUCCCUCAGCUCAACAUAGAUUAUGAUAGAUAUUCUUUGAGUCAUUGCUUGUAUGCUUUUGAUUUGAGUGGUGAUGGUACGUUAGGAGGUGAAACAGGCACUCUAAAUCUCCUUAGACGGGGGACAAUCAGACUGGAGAUAAGAUUUGCGGAAACAUUGGAAAGUCAGGUUAAAAUUGUUGUCCUGGGACAGUUUGAUAACCUUAUCACAAUUGAUAAAGAGCGAACUGUAACGAUUGAUUAUUAA